AUGACUCUCACAGGCUUCCUGCGAAAUGGCUGCAAAAGCUACCUCUCCUACCACAGCCUACUGCACAGACAUUCGGCGCCCGGAUCUCCGAUCCUCCGAAGCCACCGGCACUGCUCCAAACCUCUGUCCAGACUUCCUCCCAAUCCAAUCAACAGAAAGACCGGACUAUUAGAGUUGUUCUCUCCUCCUCCGGCUACGAUAUUCCGGUCGUCUUUCUCUUCUUCGGCUGCGGCUGCUGUGUCGUCGUCUUCAAAGAUCGGAUUCGUUGGCUGGUACUUGGCGAUGGUCAAGUCUCGCCCCAUCCUCACCAAAAGCGCCACCUGUGCCCUCAUCUACACCGCCGCUGAUUUUUCCUCUCAGACAAUUACUCAGCCAUCUUCAGAACCUUAUGAUUAUGUGAGGACCUUGCGAAUGGCAGGAUACGGACUAAUAAUUUUGGGGCCAUCGUUGCAUUUUUGGUUCAAUUUUAUGUCAAAAGUCCUCCCAAACCGUGACCUCAUCACAACAUUGAAAAAGAUCGUCCUUGGGCAAACAUUAUACGGACCUGCCAUGGUUUCUGUCUUCUUCUCCGUGAAUGCAGUCCUACAAGGUGAAAAUGGCGCAGAAAUAAUUGCUCGGUUGAAGCGAGACUUACUUCCAACACUGAUGAUGGGCGUGAUGUACUGGCCUGUAUGUGAUUUUGUGACAUUCAGAUUCAUCCCUGUUCAUUUGCAGCCAUUAGCAAGCAAUACAUGUUCAUAUUUGUGGACUAUUUACACAACAUACAUGGCAAGCUCAGAGAAAGCAAGAACCAGUUCAUAUCACAACAUAUAAGCUAAUAUCUCAAUGCUGAUGAUUCCUUGCUGACCCUAUCCGGCCCCUGCAGUGUUAAUGCAAACCACAUACCUACACCGCAUUUGCAGAGCAAUGAAGGCAGAGUCAUGGUUGAAGUAGAAGAGCCAAUGACAUUCAUUUUUUCAGGGGUUUUUUAUUUUUUGUAAACAUUCAUCAGUUAAGCAGUAAUAAUCAUGUGGUGGUGUAUUUUUGGUGCAUCUAUGAUGUUAGAACCGUUCAAUGGGAAAGAGCUUUCACUUGAAGAACUGAAAUUUGUUUUUAGAA